CAGUUCUUUUGCAGAUAUAGGGGAGCUCCUCCACUCACCCGGGCACUUCUCUUGCGAUUUUUCCUCCUUGGGCUGUUGGGGUAAUCUCCAAAAUAACUGCUCUUAUUUCUCAGUCAAUGCAGCAAGGACAAUACUACGGUCCAAUGUGUGAUUGUGCGGAAUUUGGCACAGAUCUUAUUUCUCACAGGUAUCAAGUUUAGCUUGCGAACUCUUUCCUCAGCUAUGGCGAAUCUGAUUCCAAUUUGUACUUUUUGUGCUUGCAGUCAUCUUCAGGUUGGUUGACCUACACCUAUCGCUUGAAUCCAAUGAUGAAAAUAUUAAAACAAAAAUAUUCUCAAUAUAUAAAUUGGCCUCAGGCUCAUUGCCCAUUGUGCCCAGUAUAUAAUAUUGUGGCAGUUUUAUUAGUAAUGCGUGUAGUUUCCUUGCAGUAGAUAGGACAAAGAAUCCCAAUUGGCAUAGAGCCUUUAUUUUCACAGCUAAUCCCUUCUGUAUACAAAUAUCCACAACAACAGACGUACACUAGUGUAUGUACUUUGGAGUAUAACCCUGUCAAUGCCUGAGGAUUACUGCUAGUCGUAGCUUUUUAUAAACUGCAUGUGAUCUCCCUCCCUACAAGGGUUUCUGCUAAUGCGUGGGGUGUUAACCUAAUCAUUUUAAAUGAUGCUUACCUCUUACAGGAUGAAGAAGCUAGACUCGAGGAUAUUGAAGCAGUCAAGCUAAAUCUGCUGGCACCAUCGUAGCAGAGGGGGUUGCGCUGAUCGUGACCCUCUACAAAUUUAAACUGCAGUUUCUUAUACUGAACAGUGAAAUUUUUCUUUAGACUGCAACUAUCAAGGAGUAGCCGGAAGAAAUGACGGUCGUGUUUCUCGGGACCUUGUGCCUAACAUUGCAGUGCAUGAUAUUCUCGCUCAUUGCUGAAAGAUAUCCAGAGGCUUGGAAGUUGAGGUCGGGGAUUGAGAUUGCCGCUGUUGUAUGCAUGGCAAUAGUCGGGAACGUCGUCACGGCCUAUGUCGAUACAUGGUGCUUGCGUAAGAGGGACCCAAUCUAUGUGGCCAUGUUCAGGCCCUUGGGGAUUGCCAUUGUUGUGGUCAUGACGGUCAUUUUCCUAGGGACACUCUUCACCCUGGAAGUGAUCGUAGCUGGGUUUUAUGCCCUGAUGCGGGGACAAGUCAAAGAAAAUUGUGCUCUUCGGGACAAGUCAAAUAUUCCUUAGUGCGGGAUCUUCGACUGAAAGAAUUCCUCUUCUGAAAGACAUCGCCAAUGGUGCGGUUUGAGGAAAAUUUACGAGGAACUGAACUGAAGGGAAGAGACCAAAAAAAAAAAAAAGGAAAAAAAAGCAGGGGUUUUGGCAUUUCGUAUGCUUCUGUGAUACCCAAAGGAUACCGGAUUCUUAGCUUUGCUUGAAGUAUACAGUCAUCAGAAGAGAAGCCAAGAUUCAAAAGAAACAUAAGCAAUCUCAUGACGGGACAUAAGAGAGAAAUACAGCUGUCCAUGCCAUGGACGGCUUCAUGAACCGUUGAUUGUUGUUAGAUUAACAACUUGGGGUGUCCUCACAUUAAUCCAACAUUCACAUGGCCGAGGCCAAAAAAAGAAAAAAAAAUCGCAUGGCCCUCAUGAACCAUCCACGUAAUGAACGAUAGAAUUUUCCGACAUAAGAAAAUGCUUUCGUACUGCUUAAGAUUUUGCUCCAGUCUCGAUUAGGUGCUCACAUGGAAUGAGUAUUAUUUAGGUGAGAACUGUACUUAAAAGAGUGUUUCUGGUGAACAGCACAAUGUGUUGGCAAUUAGUGAUUAAAUCUGUUCAACAAAGAUCUGUCUGGUCUUUGACCCGCAGAGCUUGC